AUGGGAAAGCUGAGAUUCGGGAAGGUAUUGGACCGUUUAUGUUUUUCUUCCGGCUCUGGCUUUGGCUCGUGUUCUUGUCUGUGCAUUAGUACUGACUAUGGAAAAGAAGAAAAAGAAAAAGAAUACGAAAGAAAGCCACUAAUUGCAGAAACUGGUGAAGAAGUCGGUCCAUUGUUGAGACUCAAAGACAUUAUAGCUGGAACACCUUCUCUGGCUUUCCAACUUAAGCCUAAGAUGGUGGUUCUGAGAGUAUCCAUGCACUGUAAUGGAUGUGCAAGAAAAAUCGAGAAACAUAUAUCGAAGAUGGAAGGAGUGAGUUCAUAUCAAAUAGAUCUCGAAACAAAGAUGGUAGUUGUUACUGGGGACAUUGUUCCUUUUCAAGUAUUGGAGAGUAUUUCCAGAGUUAAAGCUGCAGAACUUUGGAACACUCCACCCUCGUCCCCACUUGUAAUGAUCUGA